AGCUCCGAGUCGGACGAUUAUUUCAAUCUUUUUGCAGCCGAAAAGACAUUGGUGUUUCUCUUGUCGUGUUCUUCCUUGUCUGAAUUAUGAAAACAAAUUGCCAAAUGCAAUUUUGUAGUACUCCAUCUCUUCCCUUCAUAAACCAACCCUGUUUAUUCUUCAUACACAUAUAGCUUUCAGUCGAUCUAAUUGUUUCAUUUGUUCGUGAAAACAUCAAUAUGAGCAAGAGGGGAAGCACAGAGAGCAGACUAAGUAGGUAUCUAAAGGUGCCCAUCAGGUUUCUGAUGAAGGCUGGCGAUUUCUACGUUAAAAGCAUGACUGAGUACUCGGAAAGGGUUGGAUAUGGCACCGUUAUGGGGUGCCCAACAGGUCAAGUUCAUGCUUUGCCGAGGAGCUACAGUGUUGGUUCGACGAGAUCGGGACAUGGCGACGAUGACUAUCGGGAACUUAUGAGGGCAGCUUCCGCUAGAAAGUUCGACAACAACAAGGCGAGGCGGCAGUCUCCAAUCAUGCCUAGAAGUCAGAGUGUUGGGAUUGGGAGGAUUGAUGAAGACGAGCCUUGUGAAUUUGAAGAUGAUAUUAUCAAGGUGAAGCCUGCUUAUUUCCCUAGGAGCAGGAGCUAUGCUGUUACAAACAGAAAAGGUGGUUUGUAA